GGUUCUGCAGGGAUGACGGAUCUUUCACAGUCAGCAAUGUCCCGUCUGGAUCAUAUGUUCUGGAAAUCUCCUCACCGACCUACAGAUUCCUGCCGGUGCGAGUGGACAUCACCUCCGCAGGGAAGAUGAGGGCUCGUGUGGUGAACUACAUCCAGACGUCAGAGGUGAUCCUGCUGCCGUACCCGCUGCAGAUGCGGAGUGUUGGUCUGCACCGAUUCUUCACGGAGCGCGAGAGCUGGGGAUGGACAGACUUCAUCCUCAACCCCAUGGUGCUCAUGAUGGUUCUUCCUCUCCUCGUCAUCCUCCUCCUCCCGAGAGUCUUCAACCCCAGCGAUCCAGAGAUGAGACGGGAGAUGGAGCAGUCCAUGAACAUGCUGAACUCCAACCAGGAGCUUCCAGACGUCUCUGAGAUCAUGACCAAGAUCUUCACACCGGCCAAAGGUCAUGGGAGGGCAGUGGGCGGAGCCAAUGGCCCUAGGAGCAGAGCUCAGGGUCAGAGGGGUGGAGCUGAUGAUCAGAGAGGUGGAGCUCUUGGUCUGAGAGGUGGAGUUCCGAGGCGGAGAUGAUGAGACAGAUGAUCUUAUUAUUUAAUAUAAAGAAAGUCUACAGGUUCAUCUGAUGUGUUCGAUU